UAGUGAAUAAAGAAGUUUGAAGGGCCGUUCAUUGUCGAGUUACUCCAUUUCUUUUUUCUUUUCAGUGAAUAAAGAAGUUUGAAGAGACGUUCACUGUUGACAACUCCAUUUUUUUUUGCUUUUUAGUGAAUAAAGAAGUUUGAAGGGCCGUUCAAUGUCGACUUACUCCAUAUUUUUCUCUUUUUAGUGAAUAAAGAAGUGUUAAGGGCCGUUCAAUGUCGAUAUAUAUAUAUAUAUGUACGUAUAUAUGUAUGUAUGUAUUUUGAGUUCGGAAGUUUCCAUUCGUAGGGUGUUUUAAAUUAGUAUUUUAGACCUUUGGUCUCUGUACAAAAAAGAAAAAAUAAAAAAUUUCUUUUAGUAAACCCCACUUUAAUCUGUAAAGCAAAACUCGCCUCUUACCUAUUUAUCUAUUCGAAUCCACUUGCCUUACCACCAAUCCAUGACCUCAAAUUUUCAUAUGAUUACUCUCUCACUUAAAAAAAAAGGACAAUGAACGUGACUAAUAUUAUCUUGUAUAUGCGCAUAAAUUGAGUUUUAAUAUUAGGCAAGGGAUUAAUUGGAAAUACUUCUCUGUUUGGACUUACCAUAAAAUUAACCCGACAACAGAUAGUCAAGCAGAAAAGCUGCAUCGCAGAGAACUCAAUUUUGGGGGGGCGGUACUCAUAAUAAUAAACUUUUGAUUGAAGAAGCAGAGCAGCAGCAGCCUAAGAAGUAUGGCAACAGCCAGCGAAGAACAAAGUGAGGCUUCAGUGGAACUUCUUCAGUUUGAUCGAAAGAGCGAAUUGCAAGCAUUUGAUGAAACCAAAUGUGGGGUUAAAGGGCUUGUUGAUGCAGGCAUCACCAAAGUGCCUGGGAUAUUCAUUCACGAGAAAGGUAUCUUAGAGAAGAGAAGCAUCUUAAACGCUAGGAACAAAGGUUCACCAGCACCCAAAUUUCCAAUAAUUGACCUGGAUGGUGUUGAUACAAAUCCAAUCAGGCGCAGGGAGAUUGUGGAUCAGGUUAGAGAUGCAUCGGAGACAUGGGGUUUCUUCCAAAUAGUGAAUCACGGGAUCCAGGACAGUAUUUUGGAGGGAAUGAUUCAGGGAGCUCGUAGAUUCUUCGAGCAAGAUAAUGAAGAAAAGAUGCGAUUGUAUACAAGGGAUUUGACCAAAAGUGUGGUGUACGUAUCUAACUUUGAUUUGUACAGCGCACCAGCUGCAAACUGGAGAGAUUCAGCGGUUUUUACCAUGGCUCCUAAUCUCCCUGUUCCUGAACAAUUGCCGCAGGUUUGCAGUGAGAUUUUGAUAGAUUACUCGGAGAAAGUAAUGAAUCUGGGAAUGUUGCUGUUUGAGUUACUGUCGGAGGGCCUUGGACUUGAUCCAAGCUAUCUCAACGGAAUUGAUUGUGCAGAGGCACUUUCUGUCGUUUGCCAGUACUAUCCAGCUUGCCCACAGCCUGAACUUACCAUCGGCACCACCAAUCAUUGUGACCAUGGUUUCAUGACAAUUCUUCUUCAAGAUGAUUUAGGUGGUCUCCAAGUACUCCAUCAGAAUCACUGGGUUGAUGUUCCUCCCUCACCUGGACAUUUAGUUGUCAACAUUGGAGAUCUUCUCCAGCUAAUAUCCAAUGACAAGUAUAAAAGUGCGGAACAUAGAGUGUUGGCGAAUCGAGUUGGUCCAAGAAUAUCAGUGGCCAGCUUCUUCAAUGGCCCGCGUGCUAAGCUCUAUGGACCAAUUAAGGAGCUGUUAUCAGAAAAGAAUCCUCCAAUAUAUCGGGAAACUACAGAAAAGGAGUAUUACGAUUACUACUGUGCCAAAGGGCUGGAUGGCACUUCGGCUUUGCCGCAUCUCAAGCUCUAGAGCAACUUGCAAAACAUAUACUCCCUCCGUCCUAUAAUUAUUGUCCAGUUUUACUAAAAUAAAAGAUUUUAUUUUGGUCAAGGUUAACUAUAUUUUACCUUAAACAACUGGAUAUAUCCCUACAUAAGUAAUUGUUAACCACUAAGAUUUUAUGGAUAAUAUUUUUUACUAAGGACAAAUGUGUAACUUGAUCCAUAAAAAGUUAAAUUGCACAAUAAUUUUGGGACAAAAUUUUUUGGGCAAAGUGGACAAUAAUUAUGGGACGGAGGGAGUACUAUAUCAGCUUGUUGUUGUAAGGUGCACAUAAAUGCCAUCCUGGUAAUUUCAACUAGCCAAAGUAUCCGUAACGCAAGCAUUAAAUUGUAUUUGAAGCUGGUGUUUGUAUGUUCAAGGGCAUGGCGUACUUUUUAGUUAGUAAUUUUUGGGUUGUAAUGUGCUCAUAACAUAGAAAAGCCACUAUUUCUGCUUCAUGGAUUUAGACAUCAACGCUGCAACAUAUAUUUUAUUAAAAAUGGGUUCAAUGUGGUGCCUUCACAAAAAUGUUGAGAAACCAGCUGCUAUAUAAAACAUUGGAAUUUUUUCCC